UUUUGUCUUUUGACAACAAACAACGCAGUUUUCCUGGUGUACACGCGAAUAAAACGUUACAUUGGCGACUUCCCCCAAAUCGCGUUUUUCUUCCUCGAUCAUUCGAUUUGCGACUUUUCCUAUCGCCUUCGUGUAAUUUUCCAGGGCGAAGGCCGAAGGCUGAAGGGCGAAGGCCGAAGGGACCAUGGCGAAGAGUUCCUUCAAGUUGGAGCAUCCACUCGAAAGGAGGCAAGCAGAGGCUGAUCGGAUCAGGGAGAAGUACCCCGAUAGAAUUCCUGUGAUUGUGGAGAAGGCUGAGAGAAGCGAUAUACCAGACAUUGACAAAAAGAAGUACCUGGUUCCUGCUGAUCUCACAGUUGGGCAGUUUGUUUACGUGGUGCGCAAGAGGAUCAAGCUCAGUGCGGAGAAGGCCAUCUUCAUCUUCGUCAAGGACUCGCUGCCACCCACAGCUGCAAUGAUGUCUGCCAUCUACGAGGAGAACAAGGACGAGGAUGGCUUUCUCUAUAUGACUUACAGUGGAGAGAACACGUUUGGCACCCUGUGAGCCAAAAAGAUCAUCUUCUGCAAGUAACAUCCCAAAACGUGUAUAUUCUUCUGCACAAUAUACUAUGCCCCGUCCCCACUCUGGUAUACGAUAUAUUUAAUUAAGGUGAAACCUUUUAAAAACCUUUGGCUGUAUCCAAAUAUUGUUGCAGAGCAACGGAUCUAUAUUUCCUGCUUAUAAUUGACAAAAUAUAUCCUUUCUAAGAAUCUA